AUGUUUUGUCUCUACCUUACUUGGGUGUACCAGAUAAGUGUAUAUGGAGCUCAGUUGUCAUCAGAAGCUUGCAGAGAGCUUGGCUUCUCCAGCAACUUGCUGUGCAGUUCUUGCAACCUUCUCGGACAGUUCAACCUGAAUGAGUUGGAUCCUUUCUGCAGGCAGUGCUGCCAAGAAGAAGCUCAGCUAGAAACAAGAAAGCUUUAUGCAGGAGCUGUCCUAGAGGUAUGUGGAUGAAAAUUGGGGAGGUUCCCUCAAGUCCAGGCUUUUGUCAGGAGUGAUAAGCCAAAACUCUUCAGGGGACUGCAAAUCAAGUAUGUGCGUGGUUCUGACCCUGUACUAAAGCUACUAGACGACAGUGGGAACAUUGCAGAAGAACUGAGCAUCCUCAAGUGGAAUACAGAUAGUGUGGAAGAAUUUCUAAGUGAAAAAUUACAACGUCUAUAAAUCAUUGCUUUCAGUCCUCUUUCAUUUUCAUGUUUUCUCAUGGUAAUCUUCUCAGAUGUAGUGUGCUACAACUGAAAAAACAUUCCAGCUUCUAUAUUAAUUUUAAAUUAUCUGUUGUGCUGCACUAAACAUCUUGUAAUUAGAAGGGGAAGCUUCAGCACACAUCUGACAGGCUGACAAACAGAAUAGCUUGUCUUAACAUAUUUCAGCUCUUAAUGCAUUUAUCACUAACAAAAUGCUUUGUUUCAAAGUUAAUUAUGCAAAUAUCAGUUUAUUAUAAUCAGACCUGUUUUUAUAAAUGCUCUGAAAACUGAAGAGCUUCAAGUAAUUGAAAACGAUUACCAUGCUUUUUGUCUGCUGCUGUUUGUAAGGAAGUCAGAACCAAAUGCAAUGUACUAUCUCCCAAAGAAACUUGACUGCUAAUGCCCUCUUCUUUUUUGUAUUUGAACUGUCCUUUUUAUAGAAGCAUUGUUUAUAGUGAGUAUCUGGUUGACAGGUUGUGAAGCUGAUGGAGGAACUCAUGCUCUGGUACUGUGAAACAUUUAGUAGGUACACCUUAAUGAAGACUACAUAGAAAACCUCUGAGGUAUAUGGAAGUCAGAUGUCAGGUGUGCUUUAUUUUAAGUGUUUUGCCUCAGAAAACAUGAGUCUUGAAAAAUCUUUCCUUCUAACUUUCACAAUUUUAUUGGAAGCCUGUUUAUCAAAUGAAUUUAUAAACUGUUCUUUUAAAAUAUGUAUUUUUCUUCUUCAGUUGAAAUGUAUGUGAACAGGGAAUAUAGACAGUAUGUAUGGUAAUGAGUCAAAUCCAUUCUGACUGUCAGAUUUUUUCCACUUAGAGUGAAUAAAUAUGAUAAGCAAGAAUAA